CAUCGCCGCCUACUUUUCUACAAAACGAGAAAUCUCUGAAACCGGAGAAUCAUUCUUAAUUGAAAAAUCACCGUCAAACUUCUUUGAGAAAAUUCCCAUUGCACAAAAAAAGAAAAAGAAAAAUGGGCGUAGCGCAAGCGAUGAAGAGAAUCCCUCGCAUCAAGUUUCCCCAAAGACACCCCAAACCUUCUGAUUCUGGGUUGCAGGCUCAGGGUGCAAGCAAAACUGGCGAUGGUGAUCUAACUUUCUUCUCUAGUUCUAAGGCUCCUGCAACCGUGGGAGGUAAAGCUUCUCUUCAACCCAAAAGAACGCCUGUUUCCAAUGAGGAAAUUGAGGCUAUUUUGUUGGGUGGAUGUUUCUGAUCAUCUGAUGGAGUUUCAACAGGGAAGAUGAUUUCAUGGACUUCUAAAUGUUGUCAUUCUUUUUUCUUAUCACAAUAUUGGAGCUUCGAUUUUCAAAUGACAUUGGUGUGCUGUAAAACUAACAGACAAGGGGACAAACACCAUUUUUAAUGAAUAAACACAGAAAAUCAAAUGAAUUAUGGCUUUCUUUUUUCUUCUCA